AAAUUCGGCUGGGCUUGGUCGAUAACCAUGGCGGCCAUGGCCCUCGAGGGCAGUCCGCUGAAGCGGGCGCGCAAGGGCCUCGCGUCGCCGUCGGCCACGGCCGUGCCGAAGCCGUCGCCGAUUCCCCGCGUGCCGCGCGAGAUGAGCCACCAGCGCGACUCCGCGAGCGACUUCGAGCCCCUGCGCUUCCUCGGCAAGGGCGCCUUCGGCGCCGUCGUGCUCGUGCGGCGCAAGCGCGGCGCCCACGCCGGCGCGACCUUCGCCAUGAAGGUCAUGAGCAAGCGCAAGCUCGCGCACCGGAAUUUGCAGGAGACGGCGCGCGUCGAGCAGGAGGUGCUGCGGACCGUGCGCCACCCGUGCCUCGUCCACCUCUGCUACAGCUUCCAGAGCCGCACGCGGUUGUACCUGGUGACGGCCUACUACGAGGGCGGGGCGUUGGACGCGCGGCUCGCGGCCGCGGGGCCGCUCGGCGAGGCCGAGGCCGCGGGCCACGGCGCGCGCGUCGCGCUCGCCGUGGGCCACCUCCACGCGUCGGGCGUCAUCCACCGCGACAUCAAGGCGGCGAACGUCCUGCUCGACGGACGCCGGCGCGCCUUCCUCGCGGACUUUGGCCUGGCCGCGUACUGCGACGACGCCGCGCGGGGCCGGUCGAGGUCGUUCGCGGGCACGCUGGUCUACAUGGCGCCGGAGCUCUUCCUCAAGAGCUGCACGGCCUACGACGGCGCCGUGGACUACUGGAGCCUGGGCAUCCUGCUCUACGAGAUGUGCGCGGGGUCGACGCCCUUCGAGGCGGAGCGGCCGCGCGACUUGUUCCGGAACAUCCUCCACGAGGCGCCGCGGCUCGGCGCGCUGCCGGAGGCCGCGCGGCCGACGGUCGGCGCGCUGCUCGCCAAGGAGCCGGCGCGGCGGCCGAAGCUCGACCGCCUGCGGUGCGAGGGGUUCCUCGCGGCCGCGCUCGACGCGGCCGGCGACGGCGGCGACGCGGCCGACCGCGGCGACGCGGCCGCGCCGGCGACGUCCUUCGACGCGCGCGACGCCCACGCCUACCUGAGCCACGAGGGCGAGAGCCUCUGCGCCGACGUCCGCGCGGACCUCUUCGCGGGCUUCGCGUACCGGCAGGAGUCCGCCGCGCGCGCGCCGGCGAUCCCGGAGCGCCGCGAGCCGAGCCUCGGCGCGGCGUCGACGGGCUCCUCGAACGCCUUCUCCUCGGGCAGCGGCGUGUCUUACCAGAAGGAGGAGGUCGAGACUGAUCCCUUCGGGGAGACGUUCACGCAGGCGUGGCCCGUGACUCCGUACAAGGUGCGCGUCAGCAACCACUCGAACGAGCAGCGCUGGAUCCGCGUCUACGUCGACGGGGAGCAGGCCUACGGCUGCAGCAUCAACGCCGGCGAGACGCGCGUCCUGGAAGGCAAGCAAUCGCAGCCGGACCAAGGCGCGUCGGCGAUCCACGAGCUCCUGUUCGCGCGGCCGCGCCUCGUGCGGCGCGACGAGAACGUGGACGCGCCCGUCGAUCCGGCCAAGCUCGGCGAGUUCGAAUCCGUCCGGCUCGACGUCCACGCGUGCACGCGAGGGGAAGAGACGCGGGGCACGAAGCGCGGCGCGUCCGGCGGCUUCGACGGCGUCAACAAGGCCAUCUGCAAGAAAGCCAAGGCCGGCGCGAUGACGCGCACGGGCGACGAGCUCGCGCCCGCCGCCUUCGUCGGCAAGCCCAUGACCAAUUACAGCGUCGGCGCCAAGAUCUCCACCCUCCGCAUCCGCUACGCGCAGCGCGACAAGCUCGAGAAGCUCGGCGUCGUCAAGGACGAGCCCGACGAGUGAGCCCCGCGCGCCGCUUU